AUGUCGUCUGUUUCGUCAGCUAUGAAGCGGAAAUCGUCAUUAAUAUCGGAUACCCCUUCGAAGAGGGCUCCGAGACAAAUCCCAGUGUCCUGCGAGUCGUGUCGAAAGAAGAAGCUCAAAUGCGACCGUACCCAUCCAUGCAGUAGCUGUUCAGCUCGCAAAAUAACCUGCAGCUACGGUGAUUAUGGUCCCUUCGGAGGCGGUACAGCGACAGAGAAUGCCAUCCAGACUACCCAGCGUUCCCCGUCGGCGGCUGAUAGUGCAUCUCCCCGCCGCCAACAGCGUAUCAUGACAUACCAGACGCCCGAGGGUUAUCACAGAAUCGGUGAUGAUCCGCUCGCGACAGCUGUGCGCCUAGAAAAUAUUAUGAUGUCUCAUCGAGUUCCAAGUACUGUUUCGGCUGCCGUAAGAAGUCAAUUAUCCCAGUCGCAUGUUAGUACGCCUAUCUCUCGUCGGGGAUCUACACCGGGAAGCCUGUCAACACUCAUACACGGAUGCUCUGCUUCAUCCCAGAACCCUACCAAUAUACCCUUGAUAUCAUAUUUACCUUCAAGGUCCGAAAUGCUAGAUGUAUUCGAUUACUAUUGUACCCAUCUCGAUUACCAAUAUCAUCUCGUCAUACCAUCACGAACCAGGCAGGAUAUUUACAAGGUUUAUGCGAAUAUUAUGGAUGGCGAAUUUUGCGACUUAGGAAUUCUGGCACUAUUAUUCGGUAUUACGUCUGCUACUUUGUUCUUCCGGCUCCUAUCGACCACAACAACGGAGGUUGCGGAAGCAGCUAGUAGAGAAGCAGCUUUCCUUGCAGGAGCAGCUCUGAUGCAAGGGAACUACAUGACCUGUCCAACCGUCGCUGGCUUGCAAGCUACGCUCAUAGUUGGGCAUCACAUACCCGGUCUUACUCUAGACGCGUCCGUCUGCGCUUACUUCGUUCCGGGAACCAUGAUAAGCCAAGGAAAGAGUCUCAAACUUCAUAUUAUAGACUGCCCAAGAUGCGAAGAGGAGCGGAGAAUAAAUGGUUGUGAUGAAACAGAGCUGGAACUCAAAAGACGCCUUUGGUGGGAUCUGGCAAGCUACGACUGGCUUCUUGCAUUUUUAAGCGGACCGCAAGAAUUCACCUACUCCAUUCGUCCACAACAAAUGAAUAUACGACUACCUUUGAAUGUCGAAGAUGAUGAAAUCGAAACCGGAAACGAAAAGCCUCUUUCCACGCCAACAACCGAGAUAUGCCGGGAGAUUGUCGACCGGACCGCGCCGGAAUACCUACAAGGUUACGAGGUUUCUUACGACAGAGUCCUCGAAUUAGACCGUAUGCUCAAUGAGAAGCACGCAGAGCUACCAGACUUCUUUCGCUUCGAUCAAUCUUCUCGUCGAAAAUAUGCCGAUCUCUACCGCGACCGACCGCAAAUUGCCUGGCAAAGUGCAUUCAUACAACAAGGAUACCAGGCGCGUCUUUGCCGACUCCAUCGCUGGCAUUUUAUCCGAGGCGCAAAAGACCCUCGAUACUCUUACUCGCAUGUUGUCUCACUACAAUCCGCACGAAAGGUUUUGGAGCUGAAGCGUAUUAUGGACGAGGAAGAGCCUAUUCUACAAAUUAAUAGUUCAUUCUGGGCAGUCAUGCAUCAUGUGUUCAUGUCGGCUGUUACAUUGCUCAUUAAUAUUUGUUUCAACUGGGAUGACAUCCUUGCAGAGAAGCAGAAGGAAGAGGUUCUUGGAGCUUGCCGCAUGCUCAGUCGCGCGCAGCAGGUUUCCUCAAUCGCCAGAGAGGGAAUAAAUGCCAUGAUGGGUACAUUGCGGAAACACUGGAUACAACAGAAAAGACCAAUGUCUCAUCUUUCUGGGUCCCAACCAGAACCGACUUUUCAUGUUGAUCUCCAACAAUUAACUCCGGCAAGCUCCAACGUAGAGCUGAAUAGCAAUGCUCAGUUUAUGCAGCCAGCGGAAUAUCACGUAUCAUCUGGCCAGGAUGCUUUAAACUUGCAGAACACCGACUCUGGCGAAGUUCCACUGGAGGAUAUGUUCAGCGAAAUGCUUGAUGAUACUGGUAAUGUCGAGCUUGAUAGCAUCGGGUGGAUGGAAUUGUUGAGCGAAUUGACGCAUAGCACGAUGCCAUAUUGA